GUCUUAUUUUCAGGCACAACUAGCAAGAUUUUUUCGGAAGUGCCGCGACAUCUAAGAGAGCUAGAAAAUGCCUUUCAAAAUUGAAAUACAACCCCUUUGGAAUCUUCAAGUGAAGGAAAGCUUCAACACACUCCUGGUCGGGCGUACGUUUAGACACAGCAACACUAGUCUACUACUUGGAUCUGAAGAUGGUGUCGUCAGAAUGUACCACAUGAAUUCCUUACAUUCUGCAGGAAUCACUACUUCAAAGCCCAAUUUGAUCCUGGAGACGAAAGGAGGACCUAUACAAGCAAUGCACAUCCACAACAUUGCCAAUUUUGGAUCGUUGGAGCUGAUCACGGCAGACUCGCGAGGAAUGAUCACCAUUUUCAGCAAGCAGCAGAUCCUUGACAGGAGGAGUGUAUCGAACCAUGGUCUGAACAGCUUACAGGUGGACAAAGAUGCCGCUGGUAAUAUAGAGAUUGUUGCAGGAGAUGUAGAGGGACAAGUGCAUUCAGUUCUGCCCUUCUCAAAUCUUUGGAAACUUAGACUUCCACAAACCAACAACAGAUCUCCAAAAGAUAAGCAACAGUCGUCUGAAGGGGUAGGUCAGCUUCUAGCAGCGAGGCUAUACAGUAGUACUUCUGGCAUUGCUACAAACUACAUUCUUGCUUCGGAUAGGGCAAAGAAUCUUCACUUUAUUCAACAGGGUGCUCUCGUACUUAGUUUACCAACGGGUACCUGUGUUAAAGCUAUGUGCAGUGGUCAUUUCAUGUCCCUCCCAGAUGAAACUGACAUCCCCGAGAUGAAGAAUGGAAUAGACUAUCAAGUCGCUCUGGGUGGAGAGGAUGGAACAAUAUCUAUCAUGUCAAAUUUCAAGUUAUCCGAGCUGCAGUAUGCUAAUGUGCAUUUACCAAUCACCCAGAUGCUACGUCUUCCCUCAGUUCAGAACGAUGGAAAGGACUCCCUCUUGUGUUCAGGGCAUUUUAACUCUGUUUUCCUCUAUCAUUCAGCAGUUUGCCUUGCCAAAUACCAGACAUCUGACUGGGUGAUAGCCAUGUCUCUCUCAGAGGUUGAUAAGGAAGGAAAACAAGAAGUCGUGAUUGGUUGCAGAGACAAACAGAUUACAGCUAUUAAGGUCACAUGAUGCAAAAGCAGCAUUGUGAUUGGCCAGGGUGAUUGCAGUCAAGUCCCAGGGCCCAGAGAAGUUGAAUGUUGAGACAUUUUUGGUAAUCGGUUGGAGAGACAAAAAGAUUACAGCUUUCAAGGUUACAUGAUGCAGGAGCAACAUUGUGAUUGGCUAGGAUAAUUGUAAUCAAGCCAUUUGGCCAAGAGAUGUUGGAUAUUAAGACAGAGGCCUUGGGACUGAGGUCUAUUUGCUGCACCACCAUUGACUGUAAAGGUGUGAAGUGCCAAAGCAAUACCAUUAGGUCUGGAUGUUGAGACUACAGGACUGAGAAUCAAAGAUGGUUGUGGAAUGUUCUGGUUUGGACUGAGCUAAAAUCUGGUGAUUAAUGAGGAAGUACCACUCAGUACUCACGUACAGGAUUGUUAGAGCAGCGAGGUCUGAAAUGUUAAAACCAAGUGAAUGAUUACAGCAGGCAAAUUAUUGUGACAGAAAGUCUUUAAAAUCAUGGUUACUCAAACAUCAUAGAUGUAGGUCUAUCAAGUUCUGACAUGGUAAAAUGUAAACCAAUCACCAUGAAUGACUCUAGACCAAAAUGCAUGUACACUGAAAAAUCACCUGGGCACAUUAAUACAUUACCGUAAUAUUAAUUGCCUGGUAAAGACCCAUCUAUCUGACGGCAUGCCAUUCAUUCUUAUUUGCUAAUUACUUGGUAAUUGGAACUUCUGAAGAUUUCCAUGUUGUGGAAGGAAAGGGAAGUGGUUUCAUUGUACACCGUGCAACUUUCAUUAGCAUAUGUUGGUCCUGAAAAGGACCACCCAAACUCUGUCUUUCGACAAGUGUGUUCUUGUCGUCUUCAGGAGAAUGAGCAAAAAGUUGUAAAAGCAUGCUAUAUAUGUACUCUGUAAGGGUGCCGUAUGCACGUUGCAUUGCCAGGUACAUGGCUUUGAUCGAGCUGUGCAUUAAUCUUGAUGAAAAUCAUUUGUCCAUUUAUCCAAAGGGGUACAGAAAACCAUCUUUUGGGCAAGAAAGUUGGGAUUUAACCCCAAAACAUAUUUUUCAUAAUGAUAUAGUUUUGUACUUGAAAUUGUUAGGGUGGCAUGUGGGAUUUGAUAUAGUUUCUUACUCCGGAAUGUCGAUGGGAGAGUUUAUUUAGACUUUGCAGUAGCUAAUAAAAAAAUGUGGUGUAAUCAGAUUCUGCCUGGAAUGGACUGAGGAUCCUAUUUCAUUAAACUUCUUUUCAAUGUCAAUUUACAAAGUACUAUUAUGAGAUAUUGGAAUUGUGUAAUUUGAUUGACUAAGAGUGAAUUUGUUUCCAAAACAUUGGCAUUAUUUAUUAGCACAUUUGAUGAAUCAGUGCCUUAAAUUAAUUUUGUCAAGUUCUCUCCUGUUCUAGCACAUUUUCUGAUGACUUCACUGUUCAAUAAAACUAUGAUAUUGAAAAAAAUCAUUUGAAGGAGUAUAUUUAAUGUUAACAUUGGAUUUUGAUGUUAUUUUUCAGGGUAGGAUCUCUUGUGAAUGUACAUCAUUUCCACUGAUAAUCUAAACAUAUAAGAUCAAAUAAAUCUGAAUAAAACUA